AUGAAGUUCUUUGUUUUCUACGGCGCCGCCGCGGUGCUAUUGGCGAUCAACGCCUGCGCCUCCGCUUCAUCAAAAGCUGAGCCGCGCAUUAGUGUCGCAGUAAAGCCGAAACGUGAAGCGCCUCUUUCCAGCGGCUAUCAUGGUCCAUCGUACAAGUACUUGCCGCCAGCACCUGCCACAGUCGGCAUCAGCGCCGGCGGCUACAAUAGUUACAGCAGUCAUGGCAGCAGUUCAGCUGGUUUCGGUGUGAGCGGUAGCUCUGGCUUAGGUUAUGACUUUGCGCACUCGAGCGCGCCGAAAGUUGAGACAUACAUUGUGCAAACAGAGCCCGCGCAUAGCGUACACAGCAGCGGCAGCAACGGAUACCGUAGUGGCAGCAGCAACAGUCAUCACUAUACUACUCAUGGUGGCGCGAGCAUCGGUGGUGGAUAUCGUUACAGCAGCGGCGCGCCACACUUCGCUACUGGUGGUGCAUCCUUGCAUAGUGGCGUUAGCGGCGGUGGCGGCAACUACAAGUACCACACCAAAGCGCGUCCACAUGUGCAAACAUUGAUAAUACCGGCCAAUACAUUAGCGCAUGGCGCAAGUGGCGGCAACAGCGUCAGUCAUAGCAAUGGUUUUGGCGGUGCGCACGCAUUGCAUUCCAGCAGUGGCAGUUUUGGCAGCGGUGGCUAUCAGUACGCACCUACUUUUGGCAGCUCAUUGCAUUCAUCUGGUGGUUUUGCUGGCGGUCAUUCUAAUGGCGGCGCCGCUUUCGGUGGUCACUCGAGCGCCAGUCUGGGCGCACAUGGCGGCCAUUCAGUUACUUACAAUGCACAGCAAGGUUACAAUUAUAACGGUAACGGUGGUAUUAGCGGCGCCGCAUUUGCUUUGGGACACAGCGCUCAUGGCGCUCAACUUGGUCAUGGCGGUAGUGGCGGCGCAACAGUUUCGUUUAGCAAUCAGGAUGGUUAUAGUAGCCAAGAAUAUGCGCAUAGUGCGCCCAGCAUACCAUCAACAAGUUAUGGCGUACCAGUUGGUCCAGCAGUGUCGUCAUAUCACGGCGCUGGUGAUGCAGGCAGCGCAUAUCAUAGCAGCGCCGACGAAACACCCGCCUAUGCGGUGGGCCAUAAGGGAUUGGGACAUUUUAGCUUCAGCGCCAGCAAACCGCAUGCUUUGAAUACCAAUUUUAUCUCUUCCGGCAGUUCCGGUCACAGCGAACACAGUGGAAGAGCACCAUUUAAGCCAUCCACCCUUUUGGGCACCACUUAUGAGGUCUCCGGUCCGGCUGCUCAAUAUUUGCCACCUACCUCACCUGGUUACGAGUAUCAAUCGCAUUCUGUGCUACAAGGCGGCACAGCUAGCGGUGCAGCCGGGCAUAUAAAUGAACCGGAUUCGGCAUACUUGCCACCAGUUUCAACAUCUGGCGGUAGCUAUUUGCCUCCUCAACAUUAAAGAGCGCGUCCAUCUCCAACAGCAAGUUUGGCGCACGGUGUUCGAGGCUUACAUCACUACUAACUUUUUAUCGCUGCUUCUUAUUUAUUGACAGCUU